CGAGUGUAUUUCAUUUCAAAGACGUUGUGGAGAGCCGGAGUCCACGAACAAACAGUAUUGCCUUUAAAGCCAGCGAACGGCGAAGUGGAUGUUUGUUUUUGACCCGCGGAAUACUCGGAGGACCACGCGUGAAGUUUGACAGCUGGAACGUUCUCGGUGCCUUGCCACUUUUCAUCGAAGGACGUGUUGGCCCAUUGGAUAGCUGCAUGUGUGAGGUUUCACCCAGCAAUGGAACCCUGGCCUAUUGUGGCCUGGGUCCUACUGCUGACUCUUAUUGCUGACUGGCUAAAAACUGCCCACUCCCGGGACUUCACAGCAAAAGACAUCAUUUAUCUCCAUCCUUCAACAACACCCUAUCCAGGUGGUUUCAAGUGCUUCACUUGUGAGAAUGCAACAGACAACUACGAAUGCAACCGCUGGGCUCCAGACGUGUACUGCCCAAGAGAGACCAGAUACUGCUACACCAGUCACAAGAUGGGCCUUCAAGGGGACAGUGUGUCAGUGACAAAGCGAUGUGUGGCCCUGCAGGACUGUCUCUCCACAGGGUGUACUGAAGUUGACCAUGAAGGAUACAAGGUCUGUACCUCUUGCUGUGAGGGAAACAUCUGCAACAUACCACUACCGAGGAAUGAAACAGAUGCCAUCUUUGCCACCACCUCACCUAUCAACAGUGCCACUUGGGUCACUCAGAGCCACGUGGGGGCCACGGCCUCCUUCAUCUUUGCCAUCCUCGUCAUUUUUAGCCAUAUAUAAUGCACAACCAAUGACAGGCUGGUCAGCCUAGAGACUGUUGUGGUGUUUUAAGUUAUCAGUGAUCUUUUUUAUCUCGUGUUUUUCCCUGUUUUUUUUUUCAUUGGAAAG